AUCACUGCACUCCUCCGUGUGUCAAAAACGAGACCGAUAUUUGAUACUCUGUUUCUGACCCCCAUACAGUGUGAUACAGUUCAGUGACACCAUCAAACAAUCACAUGAUAGGACAGCAAUGACAGAAUGUGAGGAUAUUAUCUUUUGUCAAGCCGAUCUACUAUUUUUCAAUAUUCAAACCGUUGUGAUAGUUUCUUCAACGGAAAUAUAUUUACAUGUAUUGUAGUUGAAUUACUAUUGAAGUACUGUAGUUGAACUAUUGGGAGUCAAGAUGAACAAGAAAAAGGUGCUUCUUAUGGGUAAAAGUGGCUCAGGAAAGACCAGUAUGAGGUCCAUUAUUUUUGCAAACUAUAUAGCUCGUGAUACCCGUCGUUUGGGAGCUACAAUCGAUGUUGAGCAUUCUCAUGUGAGAUUUCUUGGAAAUUUGGUGUUAAAUUUGUGGGAUUGUGGUGGUCAGGAAGCCUUUAUGGAGAAUUACUUUGCCAGUCAAAGAGACAGUAUAUUUCAGAAUGUUCAAGUGCUCAUUUAUGUCUUCGAUGUCGAAAGCCGAGAACUCGAUAAGGACAUGCACUACUAUCAAUCGUGUUUGGAAGCAAUCCUCCUUAAUUCUCCGAAGGCGAAAAUAUUUUGUCUUAUUCAUAAGAUGGACUUGGUUCCGGAUGAACAAAGAGAUGAAAUAUUUACCGAGAGACAGAGUGACUUGGAACGUUUAUCAAAGCCUUUGGAAUGUACUUGUUUUAGGACGUCAAUUUGGGAUGAGACGCUCUACAAGGCGUGGUCGUCCAUUGUUUACCAACUUAUUCCAAACGUUAGUGAGCUUGAAGAUAAUUUAAGUAAAUUUGCCGACAUCAUCGAUGGCGACGAAGUUCUUUUGUUUGAACGUGCGACGUUUUUAGUUAUAUCGCACUGUCAGAGGAAAGAACAUAAAGAUGUGCACCGCUUCGAGAAAAUCAGUAAUAUCAUUAAACAAUUCAAAUUGAGUUGUAGCAAACUGCAUGCUCAUUUUCAAAGCAUGGAAGUACGAAAUUCAAGUUUUGCUGCAUUUAUCGACGUGUUCACGGCGAAUACUUACGUCAUGGUUAUCAUGUCCGACUCCAGCAUUUCAUCCGCUGCCACUCUGAUUAACAUCCAAAACGCGAGAAAACAUUUCGAGAAACUGGAAAAGAAACCUAUGAAUACCUAACGAUAACAAAUAUUUGCUAUUAUGAAAUGGCAGAUUUGCACUUGCCGUUUCGUUCCUUAUACUAUAUAUAUUAGAGCCUGACUGGCUGGCCCUCUCACUAAUUCGAUUUUCUUGUUUGCGUGGGGAAAUCCCCUGCCAGAUGAGUUAUUUAAUGAUGUUGGUGCACCGUUCGACAAAUGGUAGUCUAUGAAACUGAUUAUCUUUUUGAAAGAGUGCACCAGCUCAAAAUUUAAUAUUUGUAUUUAUACAAUUCAAUAGUAAAAUAGAAACAUUGCACACAUUUUU